AUGCAUACGCACCAUCCGUCCCCGGGAAAACCGUAUAAAGGCGGCACGUUCACAGGACGUUUGUUUACCAACUCUGAGGGCGAGCUGCUAUGUAGGAUGUUAAAGGCGGCGUUUAGGAGAGGGAUGAUGUUCAUCUUGGGGAAGGAAGGAAAAGUUGUCUUGGAUGGCGUCUCAUUAUUUAAUGGAUCAGUGAACGUUCUCGGUUGGAUAGAGCCGGAUUACGCUAGUUACACACAGAAAUUGAACGCGGAACUUGCAGCCAAAGGUAUCACAGAGGUGAAUAUAGACCAGACGGAAGAGCUGUACGAGACCUUAACAUUUGAUGGUCAACACAUUCUCGACGCCCUGCUGAGUUCUUAAAUACGAUGUAAGCGGAUUUGUAGACAUCUUUCUCAAAGAUUUCUUGUUAAAAUAAUUAAGCGUGUUGUAAAGGAUGUUUGAAUGAGAUGUGUUUCUUAUACUUGGAACAGAAAAUGAUGUUAUUAACGAAAUGAAAAAUUACGACGUUUGAUGAUUGUUUUAUUUGUCGGUACUACAUGCUAAGAGUUAAACUUUUCCAUAAGAUAAAUAGAAGCUAUAUUUUCAAGUUUUUUGCCUAAUAAAGUAGAACAUGGAUUAACUGUGCGUUUAAUGUUAAUCAUAAUAUAUCAGCAAUUUCGAUGAAAUUUUGUUCAUACAAUAGUUUUAUAAGUUUGAAUGUGGUAUGUCAAUCUAAUGCAUUUCAAUGAAAUGUUUAAUCCACUAUGUGUACAGCAUUAUUUGAUUUUUUCUUAAAUACCUAUAAUUAUAAAUAUGUGAAAAAACUGAUAGCGCAUAUAUGCACUUUUCACCAAAAACCUCGAGCGAUGUUGCUUACUGACAUCAUGUUUAUGUCAAAUAGUUCCUCAAAAAGUGCGUUUGUGAUCGUUUUUAUUUUCAUUUUGAGUAAAUGUACUUAUUUAUUUUAUUGUGCCUGAUAGAAGACAUUAUAUCUGUGAUUUAAUCAACUAUACAAUAUCAUAAAUAAGAACAGGCGCGUUGUAGCGCGUGACUCCUUUGGCAGGGGGUACUUAAUCAGAUUUUACUAGCAUGGUAAAUACACCGUAAAUCCGGUAUGCACGAAUUCGUUUUUAAGUUGUCCACUGACCAGUUGUUCUCAUUUUAUGUGUACCACUAUACAUUAUGUAAAUAAACAAUCUCUUCUCAAUAAUUAGUGAUAUAUUUGGUUGUAAUUGUGUUGUAGUUGAUUGUUUUGUUCGCUAAUUGUUCGUCUUUGAUAAGCCCUAUGUAAUUCUUAUGUAUUUAAAAUGUAAUUAUUUUAUUUGCGCUAUGUGUCCGUUUGUUGUAAUAGUUUCAUUUUAAUAUUUAUUGAUGCUCACAAUCAUGAAUUACAAUACUCUAAUAUUUGCCCGUGUAUAAUACUUGAAUACGCACAACAUCACAUACAUGUAUGCAAUGUCAUGUUUUCAUAUAUAUAUAUAAUCAUAAUACUCUUAUAUCAAACGAACCGAAAAAACAUUGAAUGUAUUUUUUGAUAAUAUUCAUUUUUUAAGAUCAGGAUUAAGAUAAACUCCCAGCUAAUGCGAUAUAUAUUUUGCUUCGUUGAUGGCUGUGACCAAUUACAGACUGUACAUUUAUAUGUCAUAUACUUAAUUACUGAAUCUUGUUAUGGCAUCUUCAAUUUUGUUUUGGAAGCCAUGCAAGUUUCAGUUAAAGCUGUAUAGUAUCAUGAUAUGGUAUUCAAUGUAUUGUAGCUGGUUUAUAAUUAUAAUUUCUGAAUGUAGCCAUUAGCAUACUGUGUUUGUAACAAUUGAUGGGAUUAAGCCUUGUAUUACACGAUAUCAUGUCUGUAAUGUAAGUUAACAUAAUAAUCGGAAAAUAAAGUCGGACAUAGAUAGAUAGAUAGAUUUAUUUCAACAUAAAAUGUACAAUUUACAUGGCAAUUUUAAAAUUAAGACAUACAGGUGUUAAACUAACUGUAUGAGUUAAUACAGCCAUGUCAAUCAACAUUACAUGUUAAGGAUAUCACAAAAAAGAGUUUUAAUAAAACUAUUAUUUCCAUUGUGGUCCUUAAAAUAUAGUAUUGUGUGACAUAGGAAGACUUAAAACAAAAUAUACUUAAUUAUCACAGUGUGGUUAUCAAGGAAAGAUAUUGAAUUGCAUAAAUAAAUAAACAGCUAAAAUGAUGGAACAAUAUGCGGCUUUGACAAAACAUUGUAAAUAGAGUGUCUAAGUAAAUAAAUAAAAAAAAAAAAAUCAGAGAUCACUGUAAAUCAACUAAAAUAGUGGGUACAAUAUUAACUAAAACUAUAUCAGAUAAAAAUAUAUGGAUAUCACAGAUGAAUAUUGCCAUGAAAAAAAAAUUGACCUGUAAAACUAACUAUGCAAUUGAAAUAUCUAUCUUUAUGCAUGACAAUUUAAAAAAUUAUUAGAAAUAAAUGAACUUAUAGUAAAAUUGCAUUAAAAGGAAAGCAAAUACAGUAAUUAAACCGAACUUAAAAGGUGUUCCUUGACCUUGCAUUUAAAGGAAGAAAUAGAUUUGGCAUCCCUCACAUCCUGUGGUAGACUGUUCCAAAGGUUACAACCAUUAAAAGCAAAAGAUUUGCCACCAAAGCAUUUGACCUUAGGAAUUGCAAACCUCUUGCAUUCCGACAUUCAAUUAAUUGUACCAUCGACCUUAACUCUGAAUACUAAAUACCUGACCUUAAUUGUCUUAAUUUACUAUUGACUGUCAUAAAGAUGUAUCCCAAAUCGUACAUGGUUGAUAUGUUUAUCGACUGUUUGACAAUUCUGCACGUGUUUUUUUAUACAAACCUUUACACGCAAUAACAACCGCCAAUGCGCAUUUGUCGUAAAACGUCCUAUCUAGAAGGUCUAGGUUUUAAAUCCUGAUAAAAAAAAUUGUAACAACGUCAGUUUAAAACUAUAUAAGCUAUAUAUUAUUCAUGUUUUCAAAAUGUACAAUUGUAACCAAGAAUCUGCCGAAUAUUGUUAUAUCUAGUGCACUAACCCUGUUGUUAUGCACAUGAUGUAGUUGAAGCCUAUUGUACAGUUAGUUCUCAAUAAGUGCCAAAGAAACGAACGUAUUUGAUUUCAAGAAUGUUCAAUUCAACUAAGACGAUAAUGUUACAGUACAUAUUUUAAUAUUUAUGAUAGGUAGUAAAAAACCUCUAAGUCUAAUUACUAGUUGAUUUCAAGUGCAUUGUUGUUUUCGAGUACACUCUUUUUUACUGAUCAGGAGACAAGAAAUUCCAAAGGUAUGUUAUAAAUAAAAGGUGUUGAUUUAAUAAAACAUCGCCAGGAAAACAUAAACAAAGAAAUUGAAAGUUAAAGACUACACGAUAUAACGUUUCAAAUAUUGUGCCGGUAUGUUAACAUAAUGUAAUGUAUUACAUCAAGAAAAGAAGGUUGGUAGUAAAUGUGUUUUACAAGCAAUAUUCCGAAGGAGGUCAUCGGAGGUUGUUUUCGAUUAAAAAAUAGCCGAGGCGCUCCCAUUGACAUGCAAAGAGUUAACCUUUGUUUCAAUACAUUGUUCGCGUGGAAGUACGAAAUGGUGAAGUAACAAAUUAAAUUGGUUAGUGUUUUGUGCCAUAACUUUAUUUUUAGAAUAAGGAGUGGAGUGGCCGUUUAUUAGCAGACGUGUGUCAGUUUAGAUUUAUACAAUCAUAUCCUCAUAAGUUUACCAGACAGUCGUGCAUAGUAUAUAAUACCUCUGCUUAUACAGUAAUAUGACAAAUUGAUAUUUAUAUGUAUAUUGACCAAGACAUGACCAAUAUUGUACAUAAAACGCAUCUGAAUAACGCGUUGAAACGGUUUAAUUGUAAACAACAACAACAACGGUAAGGACUUGAUUGAUGUGGCAUAACGACACUUUUACGAGUAUCAAACAUCAGUUGUUUCUAUUUAUUGCGUACUCUGAAUGACAUUUUAUAACAUUUGCUAGAUAUGAAUUUAACUAUUGUCUUAAAUGAUAUAAACAUCUCUUGUUUUACAUACAUACAAAACAGUUAUGUUCAUAAAAUCGCUCGAACAUAUGUUUUUUUUUCUUUCAAAACCAUUUCGGAAUUACAUAUAUGUUGUUUUGUUCUCAUUAGGUGCUUGUGUCUGAAGAUUGAUCAUGAGAGCGACUUUGAGGUCAUAAAUAUUUGACUCAAUGAACAUAUCAGUUUAUUGCUUGGUGCAGGGACAUUAAACUGUAUGACUGUAUUUAA